AUAUAGAUGGAUUCCAGAGGAGGAUGCAAACACCUUGCCUCUCUAGGACACUGCACUCUUUCUCUUUAAUCCUUCCAGUUUUGCAGGAGAUACAACUGCAGGAAAGUUUGGAAUGGAAGAGAUCCAACUGUGAUCCUGGAUACAAUAUGUAAUCUGGAAGCCAUUUGUACAGCCUUUCAUAGAGACAAAAUUCUCUUCAACAAAGAGGGCUGAAUGACUUGUUCUGGUUAGUCCUAUGGCUAGAUGAAUGCUCCGAUGAAUGAAAAAGCAUUUGGAGAUCCUCAAGAUUCAUUCGACCUGUUUGGAAUUGUGUAAUAGGACAGAGAAAGAAUGGCAAGCCAUCCUUUAGCAAAUGAGGGAACUGGAAAAAUCUCUUCUGGUGCUCGGUCUGGGAGCUGUGCAGAGAUCUUGGAGAAAGAAACCAUCGUUUCACAAGUUCAGUCCUGGAACUUCAGGAGCAUCCAAUAUCAGGAGGAUGAGGGUCCCCGAGGACUUUGCAGCCGACUUCACUACUUUUGUAGCCAAUGGUUGAGACCAGAAAAGCACACAAAAGCGCAGAUGCUGGAUCUGGUUGUUUUAGAGCAGUUCCUGGCCCUUCUGCCCCUGCAGAUGAAGAACUGGGUAUGGGAGUGUGGAGCAGAAACCAGCUCCCAGGCGGUGGCCCUGGUGGAAGGCUUCCUCCUGAGCCAGGCACAAGAACAGAAGGAGCAGGUUGAGUUACAGUCCUUAACUGUGCUGAUCAGAGAUCCUGAGGGAAGGAGGCAUGUAUCCAAUUCCUCUCGGGAACUGUUCUUCUUGACUUCUCAGGAUGACCCAAAUCAAGAAACAUCCAGAGGGAAAAACAGAGGGAAGUUGACCCUUCCUUAUGGUGAAGCUGAAACAGUGGUUGAACCUCCAAUUCAGGAGGAUCUUGUGCCCUUUGAGGAGGUGGCUAUGUAUUUCUCUGAGGAGGAGUGGUCUCAGCUGGAUCCUCACCAAAAAGCGCUGCAUUGGGAAGUCAUGCUGGAAAAUUAUAGGAACGCUGCUUCUCUAGGUAAUAAUGGGCAGGAAAAUAAAAACCCAACUGAACCAUUCCAAAAGUUCAGACAUGGAAACAGAACAGAGAACCCUGCAAUUCAAAUGGAACAACAAAAACAGGAGAGAAACCUAUCAAAUAAUUGGAAUAAGGAAAGCACAUCUUCAAUUGAUGCUCAGUUGCAAGGCUUUCUUGACCAAUCAGGAAAAAUAAAGAAAAAAUGUAUUGGGAAAGGUGUAAGACUAUUCAAAGAUAUAUUAGAUGCAAAUGAAUAUUAUCCAACCCAACCCAAAGCAAAAGACUAUAUAUGCAAAGAGAAUGCUAAAAAUUACAACGGGACUUUCACUCUUUCUGAAGAAAGUGGGUUUCUGACAAGUCAUAAAAGGAUGCAUGUAGGAGAGAAGCCAAUUAAAUACAUGGAGCGUAGAAAGCACUUCACCCAACGCGAUCAUCUUGUUUCCCAUAAUAGGAGGCAUAUAGGGGAGAAGCCAUUUAAAUGCAUGGAGUGUGGAAAAGGCUUCAGCAAACACAGUAAUCUUACUUCCCAUGAAAGGAUCCACACAGGUGAGAAGCCGUAUAAAUGCAUGGAGUGUGGAAUCACCUUUCGUUACAACAGUCAACUUACUUCCCAUGAAAGGAUCCACACAGGGGAGAAGCCAUUUAAAUGCAUGGAGUGUGGAAAAGGCUUCAGCAAACACAGUAAUCUUACUUCCCAUGAAAGGAUCCACACAGGGGAGAAGCCAUUUAAAUGCAUGGAGUGCGGAAAGACCUUCACCCAACAUGGUCAUCUUAGUUCCCAUCACAGGAUGCACAGAAGGGAGAAACCAUUUAAAUGCAUGGAAUGUGGAAAGACCUUUAUUUCCAGCAGACAUCUUAUUUCCCAUGGACAGAUCCAUACAGGGGAGAAGCUAUUUAAAUGCAUGGAGUGUGGAAAAGGCUUCAGCAGACACAGUAAUCUUAUUUCCCAUGAAAUGAUCCACACAGGUGAGAAACCAUUUAAAUGCAUGGAGUGCGGAAAGACCUUUCGUUCCAGCAGUCAUCUUACUUCCCAUAACAGGGUGCACACAGGGGAGAAGCCAUAUAAAUGCAUGGAGUGUGGAAAGACCUUUAGUUGCAGCAGUCAUCUUACUUCCCAUAAAAGGAUCCAUACAGGGGAGAAGCCAUAUAAAUGCAUGGAGUGUGGAAAGCACUUCACCCAACAUAGUCAUCUUACUUCCCAUAAAAGGAUCCACACAGGGGAGAAGCCAUAUAAAUGCAUGGAGUGUGGAAAGACCUUUAGUUCCAGCAGUCAUCUUUCUUGCCAUAGAACGAUCCACACACGGGAGAAGCCAUACAAAUGCAUGGAGUGUGGAAAGGACUUCAGCCAAAAGAGUAUUCUUACUUCCCAUAAAAGGAUUCACACAGGAGAGACACCAUAUAUAUGCUUGGAGUGCGGAAAGGGCUUUAAACAGCUCAGUCAUUUUACUUAUCAUAAAAGGAGCCACAUGGGGGAGAGGCCAUAUAAAUGCAUGGAAUGUGGAAAGACCUUUAUUUACAAUAACCAUCUUAUUUCCCAUGAAAGGAUCCACACUGGAGUAGCCAUAUAAAUGCAGAGAGUGUGGCAAGACUUCUACUUACAGCAAUCAACUUACUGAUGAUAAUAAAAGGAUCCACACAGGGGAAAAACCAUACAAAUACUUGGAGUGCAGAAAGGAUUCAGCCAAACCAGUAAUCUUACUUCCUAUAAGAAGAUCCAUAUAAGGGAGAAGCCAUGUAAGUGCAUGGAGUGUGGAGAGAGCUACAGGAGGAGGAAUGAUGUAAUUUCCCAUGCAGAGAUACAUUAAAGUGAGAAUCUUUGUUAGAUUUAAUUAGUUAUAUCCAUGGAUUUUCCUAUUUACAGACUGAACUAAGAAAAGAAUUUUUUUUUUGAGUUUGGCCUUCCCAACUGGCAAUCACAGAGAUGAAUUUACUAAUGAAAAUGAAAACAAUGAACAUGCACCAUUUUAACUAUGAACUUUUGAUUUUUGAAAGUACCUAUUGUAUAUAGAGGUACAAUUUAUUUUCUUUUCAGAAGUGAGUUUCCUGCUCCUCAGUUGUUUCUUCCCACUUGAUCACACUCAAAAUGUUUAAAAUGUCCCUCUUUUGCUAAUCUUAGAAUUGUUUCCCCCUUCCUUUCUCAUUCCUAAACAUAUUCUCAAUUUAUUAAACAAACCUAUGCUUUUCUGUUCUCAGAAAAAGUUGGAAAUAGUGCACCAGAGAAAAAUCAAAAUUAUAAUCCAAAGACAAUUCAAGUUUUAUCAAAGUUUAGAGUGUGAUGGAAUGUAAUACAGAAUUGUCCUGUUGAAUAAUUGUGAUAUUGAAUUAAAAGUGACAAAUAAGAGGAUUUGUACUUUGAAUUUGU